GGCGCCCUUUGUUCUUCGCGUCGCGUGCGCAAGGCAGUCAUGCUAUGCACGAAAUGGUUUCUGCCGCUGUUCUUCCUUCCCUUGCCGACCGCGCCGCCGCUGUUCUUGCUGCUCUUCAUAAUCUCGCUCGUCGCGCAUGCUAAGCCGUGCUUCUACUGCAUCAUCCUCAUCUCCACCAUCUUCCUCUCCUCCUGCUACUGGCAGCCCCUCCCCAUCGACAGCCCGCUCACCGUGCCCUGGUCCGCCGAGAUCACCACCUUCCGCGACGCGCUGCGCGCCGCGCUCGGGGACGACUACGACCCCGCGCUCCAGAUACCCCAGUACAUCCGCCCCCUCGACCGCUGUUGGUGCGACCUCACCGACGGCAUGCUCGAGCCGUUCAACGUGUCGCAGUGGGAGCGCGACUCCGUCAUGGCGCUGCGCUACGAGCUCGUGCCGCCGCCGCCUGAGCCCGUCGUCAGGGAGGAGCCGGAGCUCACGCCGGUGUGGAACUGGACGAGGGAGGCAGAGAUGACGGCGACGGAGAAGCGGCCGCCACGCACGGAAUCUGGCCUGCGGUAUGCGACGAGCACGGCUGAGGCGACUCCUUCGUCGACAGUAGAGGCGAAGAAGGAUGCUCCCAGCGAGACGCUAUGGCGCUGGCUGGGACUCCCGCGGAAGAUCGCAGCGUCUUUGCGACACACAGAGGCACCCGAGCCCUCGCAGUCCUCGCAACCGUCACAUGCGGAUGCUUCACAACCAGAUACUCCACCACCUCGGCCUCCACACGACCUGCCUCCUAAGCACCUUCCUCCGCCCCCGGGGAAUCUCCCUCCACCUUCAGAGGAACUCGAGCCCUCACCUCCACCCUCACAGCCCGACGCACCGCGACCGAUGCUUCUGAAAGAAGACGGUGUGCUCGAUCUACGACCGUACGGAAUAACACUGUUGCUCGACUUUCGCUGGUCAUACCAACCGAUUUCAUGAUCAUGGAUACUCACAUCGAUAAUAGAUCAUAUCUGACAGAAGCGGCAGAAACAAGCAUCUCGAAGUUUGUAAAUCUCGUUUGUUAGAAACAAGCUGUGGAUGUUCAGAAACUCGGCGAGCGGGCGUUCACACGGCGACGUCAGGGGAUCCUUGGGCGCAGACAGUCGCUGCUGCCCGCCAACCCAGAGCUCCAACGCGAGUUUCAAACUCUUUACGAACGUCGCUGGUCGAGUUUCUAGACACCGCGGAGUGUUUUCUGUUUUGGAUUUCGCCGCCUCAGAUAUGGUCUAGUGCCUAGGGACUGUAUGAUAUACCUGUAAUAUAUUGGGGUGGGCUUCGCUUCACUUCGCUGACUCGAAUCCAUGGGAGGGAAUCUGCAAUUGAGCGCUCUCAACUUUCCCCUCGUUCAUUC